AUGGAGUUUAUCACGAGUGACAUCGACCAAAGCUACAAUUAUGUCAUUCGAAAUGGGUUCCAUUUGAAUGAAAACUUUUAUAACUGUACUGGAGUGGAUGGAUUUCAGUUGGGAGUACCCAGACCAUUGAUUGGCUCGUAUUUUCUGAUUGUUGGUGUGUUUUUGAUGAUCAUUUACCUCCCAUGUCUUUUGGUUAUCUGUCGAAGUGAUCUCAUGAAAUCAUCUUGUUAUAAAAUAAUGGUUUGGCUUGGAGUCCUUGACAUUUGUUGCAUUUUCGUCAACUCCAUCGCCACCGGAUUUCUAGGAAUUCAGGGGGCAACUCUAUGCUCUUACCCUAUAUUCAUAUUCUCCAUGGGAGCUCUUGGAUGUGGAUGCUGGAUGGGAUCAUGUGCUACUUGCAUUCUUCUUGGACUCAACCGAUGUUGUGAUGUUAAUCAUAACAUAAAAAUUCGCGCAAUUUUUAUUGGGAAAAAGAUUUAUGUCACUAUUUUGGUUCCCAUGAUUUAUACGUUUUACGCUAUAUUCUUCACAAAGACUGCAUCGUUUAAUUCCAAUUACAUGAGCUGGUUUUUCAAUCCUCUACUACCAAAUGGGAGAGAGGCUACCGAUUACGUAAAUAUCCAACACGCGAUCAACAACUGUGUUGUUUCGGGAGCAACUACUUUGAUCUACACCUAUCUUUGUGUAAUUUUAUUUGCAAAGAGUCGAUAUAUUAAAUCGGAAUCUAUGACCAAGACUCAAAGACAAGUAUUCUUCCAAUCCGUCAUGAUUUGCUUUUUCAACGCUAUCGCUGCUUAUAUCUAUGUCUACAUGCAAUACUUCACUUUCCCUCCCUUCAUGAUUCUUAUCGGACAAAUCGCAUGGCAGUGGUCUCAUGGCUCCGUUUGUCUCAUCUACAUUACUAUGAACCGUACCGUCCGUCGUGGAGUUAUUGACCUAUUUGUUCCUGUUUCCUUCAGAAACAAACAUAAAAUCGGCACCUAUCGUAAAGAAGUUCAUCGUCUCUCCAUUGGUGGAACAGAAGGAAAAUCCACCAUUCCUACCCAAGGGACCAGCUCUGGAACAGCGAUUUUCUAA